AUGACUCACAACCAAGCUUUAUUCUUGGGUUCAUGGGACACAAACAUACAAGCACACCCUCGUAGACCACCACUGAAACUCUUUCGCGAGGUAUUCGAGGCUUAUCAAGACACGCUCCAUAACUUCUCGCUCGACGAUGUCUACGAUCUUUCCUUUAUCCUGCGUAACAAAGGUGGAGUGGGAUGUGCAAAGAAGGGCCGACAGAUAGUCAAUCUGUGUGCCGAGAUGGGUCAUGCUGAGGCCGUCAUUCAGGUCGUCGCCUCUGCUCUGCGCCAGGAUGCAACUAAGCCCGGCAUUAUGAGAUCUCGCCCCAUCAUGAUGGCCCUAGACCGCCUACGCGCGGUCGCAAAAACUGGCAAUCUGCGUGCCAUGGUCAUGGAGGCCAACGUAGCCCGUCACACCAAUCAAUCCAGACGAGCCAUAACCCUCUACGAGCAAGCUCUUGACUUGAUCAGAGAAGAUGAUGGCACACGGCCAGGCGACAAAUACAGCAGGAUCAGAGAUGAGCUCUCAUCACCAUGGAUCGAGCUGGGCUUCCUGCACCACACUCUGGGUGAGAAUGUUGCAGCCAUGAAAGCUUACAUGGUAGGCCAGGAGCAAGAUGAUCCCAUGGCCUACUUCAAUCUUGCUCGUCUAGAUUUCUUCAUGUCAGGCCAGCAAUACACAAACGACUGGCUCUACAACAUGACCAAAGCUGCCGCUAGCGGACACUACAAAGCCGCCUAUGAAUUGGGCUUGUACUACGCAAGCACACCUGCCCCACCCUCACCGCCGCAAACUUCUUUUCUCGAAAAACUCAGUGGCUUUGGUGCAUUCCUCUGGAAGUCAAAUAUCAAUCUCAACCCAAAAGCAAACAUCGAGCACCACAAUGCCUUUGCAAAUGAGCCCAAGCUGCGCAUCAAACUCGCUCAGCAAUGGCUGAAGGUAGCCAGGAAUAACCACUACUUGUACGCAAAUAUAGCGCUGGCCGAGCUGUCAUUGCAAAAGUACAUCUACCCCAAGGGAACACUAUCGAAACCUCUCGACCCUUACGGCCACAACACCGAUCCCGGCGCCAUAGAGAAUCCUCUGUUCAACCCUCAAGAAGCACAGGUCAUGUUGACCGAAGUUCUGACAGCAUGUCUACAAAUCUCAGAAGCAAAGAGUGUCAGCACGACCAAUGCGGAAUACCGCCACAUGGCUAGACCUUGGAGUUUCCACGUUGAAGUACUCGAAGAGGUGGAAAGCAGUGAAACACUAAAAGACUUGAAGGAACAGGCGGAAAUGAUAGCCGAUGCUGCUGGUAUUGACAUCUACAGUACUACUGGACUAGCGGAGCAUGUUCCUCACCUGGGAGUUUUGAGAUUCCAUAAGGGUACAAGAGGUGAAGGCCUUUGUGAGAGGACACCGAGCACCAAGGAAAAAGAUGAAAAAGAAGCAGCAAAGCCGGUUGAGUAA